AUUCCCUUUCUGCGUCUUUACAAACCGCUGCUCCCAUUCCUUACUUAUGUAAUUCCUGCUUCCUUCUUUUCUCAUCUUGCUCCUCCUCCCAGCCUCUCUGUUCUCUUCUGCACCUUGCAGCUGAUAUGAGGUGGGACAGGCACCUCCCAUUAUCAGCAAAACCAUUUCUGGUGCAGAGAGAACGGAAGCCCAGAGAUCCUAGCAGCCAUGGCCUCAGGGACUCCUGCACAGGACAUCCAAGAGGAAACGAAAUGUCCCAUCUGCCUGGAAUAUCUGAUGGAUCCAGUGACCAUAGACUGUGGGCACAACUUCUGCCGAGGCUGCAUCACUCGGUACUGUGAGAUGUGGACAGAGGGGGACUAUGACCCUUUGUGCUGCCCCAGCUGCAGAGCCCGAAUCCGGAAAGGGGCUCUCCGGAAUAACUAUCAACUAGCAAAUAUAGUGGAAAAAAUCAAACAACUGCAUUUCAAACCAGGAAAAGAGAAUCUGUGUGAGAUGCACUGCAAAGCCCUGGAUCUGUUCUGUGCAGAGGAUGGGGAAGUCGUGUGUGUGGUUUGUGAGAGAUCCCCCCAGCACAGAUCUCACACGGUGCUGCUCAUGGAGGACGCUGCCCAGAAAUACAAGGGAAAAAUCCAGGCCCAUUUGAAGACUCUGAGGGAAGAGAGAGAAAAGCUGCUGGGAUUGAAAGAGACUGGAGAGGAGAAAUGCCAGGAGUAUCUGAAUCAGAUAAAAAAGGAGAAGCAGAAAAUUGUGUCUGAAUUUCAGCAACUGUGGCAGUUCCUGGAGGAACAAGAGCGACUCCUGCUGGCCCAGCUGGAAAAGCUGGACAAGGAGAUUUUGAAGAUACAGAAUGAAAAUGUCACCAAACUCUGGGAGGAGAUUUCCUAUCUCAAUGAGCUGAUCAGUGAGCUGGAGGGGAAGUAUCAGAAGCCAGCGGGUGAAUUCCUGCAGGACAUCAGAAGCACCUUGAGCAGGUGUGAGAAGGGCAAGUUCCAGCAACCAGAGGAGAUUUCUCCUGAACUGGAAAAAAGACUCAGUGAUUUCUCUCAGAAAACUGUUACUGUAAUGGAGACUCUGAGGAAGUUCAAAGACACUCUGCCAUCUACAGUGAAGAAAAAAACAGGGGAAACCCUAGAAUCUUUCAGACAUGCGUAUGUGACUCUGGAUCCAGACACGGCUCAUCCCAAACUCAUCCUGUCUGAGAAUUGGAAAAGUGUGAGAUGGGGAGACACGUGGCAGCAACUGCCCAAGAACCCUGAGAGAUUUGACUCUGAUCCCUGUGUGCUGGGCUGUGAGGGAUUCACCUUGGGGAGACAUUGCUGGGAGCCAGGAGUCAGCGUUGUAUGGCCCUGGGCACAGGGCUAAGAAGAUGGGGUCCCCUGAGUGCUGGCUCCUGCUCUGCCUCUGCUGCUCUGUAGAUGAAACUCCCCCCAUGGCCUGGAGAGCCACAGCAACCCCCUCGCCCCCCAACAAUAAAGCCCUUGGUGCUGUGAAGGAGGCUGUACAGAGUGACCGGCCUGGGCUGCUGCUGCCCUGAGGACCAUGGCAGGGUUCUCCCUCCAGUGACCCAAGUGCUGCAGAGGGGCUGCAGCCAGCACUCCUUCCCAGAGUGACUGUGGGAGUUGGGGGCUGGGCUGGCGCCAAUUACUUAGGCCCGGGAUGUGGGUGGAUUUUACCUCCCCAACCUUCUGUACUGCCCCUACAGGGAUGCCGGUGACUUGAGAUCCCUAGUGAGACUUUCGCUCUCUGUCCUAUUGGAUUUAACAUCCACUCCUGCCCCUCGAAAAGGGCUGAGUAACACUCAGCCGCCCCACAGGGGGGCUGCCUUACCGAGCCACCCACCUGGCAGGCAGGUGCCUAACUCCCCUUGCCUGUCACCAUCCUCCUGCAGUUGGCUGAUGUUUCCAUGGUGCUGGGAUGACGGGAGUUGUUACAAGUUAGGAGCAGCAGCAUCCAUCAGGGGAAAGGGUCUGAAACACGAUGACAGCACCAGGGGAGUCUGUGUCUAUUUUCCUUCUGCCCUGGGACAUUCCCUGCCCAGCUCAGUGACUGGCCCAGGUCACCCAGAUGAGCGCAGAGCACAUGGAGGGGAGCUGGCACCUCUCAGCCUUCUCCUCAGUCCUGCACCUCACUCUCCAUGGAAAGGGUCCAGCAGAGGACCAGGUGCCAGGGUGUUGUACAGGGACAGAGCUUCCAAAAGACGGGCUCACCGAAGGAUGUGUUGCCUUGGGGUGACAUGAUCUCAGAUCUUCUGGUGAACAACAACACUGGUGCCUUUUACAAUCAAUAACUUUUUUUUAAGACUCCUCAUUGGAACCGAGGGCAGCAGGCCAGUGGCUUGUGUUGGUGUUUGCUGCUGCGCUGGGGUUUGAUGUUUCUCACCUGAAUGUGAGAACCCAGAAUUCCCUUUU